AUGCUUCGCUAUACAAGAUGCAUUACCAAAGGUCAUGGAAAAACAAUUCUUUUCGGUGGUGAUGCAAGAGAGCGAAUGCUUAAUGGUAUUGAACGUAUCGCCACUGCUGUGGGUGUCACCCUUGGUCCUAAGGGACGUAAUGUUAUCAUAAGACAACCAUCAGGAGAACCGAAAAUCACAAAAGAUGGAGUAACAGUGGCACGAUCUGUUGAAUUUAAUGAUCAAUUUGAAGAUGUUGGUGCACGUCUCAUUAGACAAGUAGCUAGUAAAACAAAUGAUGUUGCAGGAGAUGGUACUACUACGGCUACUAUUUUAGCUUGGAGUAUUUUUGCAGAAGGUUAUAAAAGUGUGGCUACAGGAGCUAAUCCGAUGGAUCUCAAACGUGGUAUCGAUAUUGCUGUUUCCGUUAUUCUCAAGAGUCUUCAAAAACAAAAACGUUCUGUAAAAGAUUUAGCAAUGUUAGAGAAUGUAGCAACCAUUAGUGCUAAUGGUGAACGUCCAUUGGGAAAACUAAUUGCAGCUGCUGUACAAGCAGUUGGAGUAAAUGGUUACAUAUCUGUAUUGGAUGGGAAUACCACUGCAACCGAGUGGAAACGAUAUGAUGGUUGGAGUAUUGAACAAGGUUUUAUUUCCAGUGCACUUGUUACAGAUACUGCAGAACUUAAGUGUCAACUAGAUAAUCCUUUGGUAUUUAUUACAGCUCAAAAGUUAGAGAUUGUAGGAGAUAUUUUACGACUCUUAGAAACUGCUAAAAAAAGUGGUAGAUCACUUGUUAUUGUAGCUCCAGAAUUUUCAGAAUCUGUAAUGCAAACCAUCUAUCAUAACCAUGUUCAUAAGGUAGUAUUAUGUGGUGUAGUUUGUACUCAUGAAUUAUCAGAGGAAGAAUUACAUGAUCUCGCUUCUUGUUGCAGUUGUGUGGUUGAAAAAGUUUCCUCCAUUAAUCUUGUAGAUGAUGUUCAUACUCUUCUUGGUCGUGCAGAGCGCAUGGAACAGACAAUGGAUAGUACGAUCAUAGCUGGAGUCGCUGAUACUGCACCACGUGUACGUCUCUUACAAGGUCGUUUAGAUCGAGCCAUGACUGAAGAGGCAAAAGAGAAAUUACGUGAACGUAUGUCAAAGUUAAAUCGUACAUUUGCUGUUAUUCGCGUUGGUGGUCGCUCAGCGGUGGAAAUCAGUGAGUCAAAGGAUCGUGUGAUUGAUGCCCUGAAUGCUUCUCGCAAUGCUCUUUCUGAUGGAAUCGUAGCAGGUGGGGGUGCGGCACUUCUUCAUGCCUCAAAGGAGUUAGAUAAGAUUUUGCAAAGUGAUGAUGAGAUGGAGCAAGAUCGGAGAACAGGAAUUCUUAUUGUACGUAAUGCCGCGCGUUUACCAAUGAAGCGAAUUAGUGAAAAUGCUGGUGAGGAAGGAGCUGUUACUGUAGAGAAUGUUGCAGAAUAUGAAGAUACUUGUAUGGGAUAUGAUGCCCAAAACGAUCAAUAUGUGGAUAUGUUUGAAGCUGGUAUUAUUGAUCCUGUUAAGGUUGUGACGUCUUGCGUAAUCGAUGCCUCCUCUGUAGCUGGCUUGAUGAUUACAACGGAAGCCAGUGUUUGUGACUUUACCGUGGAAUAA